UUUAAGAUCAGAUCUCUUGCACUCUGCAGAUUCUCGUGUUCGUGUUCGUCUUAGACGGUGGUCGGCGUCAAAGGUUGUUUGUUGUAUCGUCGGAAAGAAUUGGAACAUCGAAAUCAGCUCCAUCUGUUUGCCUUCAUUGAUUCAAUUCAGACUCCAUUUGAAUUUGAUCCUCAGUUAGGGUUUAGGGAGUCAAACUAAAGCCAGAGGUGCAGCAGCGGCUGAAGGGUUUAUGCUUGAACUGUCUUUGGAGGAAUAAUAAUGUUAGGGAAGAGGCUCAUCUCCUUCCUGAAGAAACCUUCAUCAUUGCAGCUCUCAAGUUCUGCGAAAUUGGGUGAGAAUUCAGAAGCCAAGCCAUGGGGUCGUAGGAUUAUUUCAGGUGCCUUGAUUUGCCUUACAGGUGGUGUUGCUCUGAGUGCCAUUAACGACCUUGUCAUUUAUUAUGGCUGUAGCAGCAUAGCUAUGGAGAAGGCCACCCAUAACAAGGCAGUUAUAGAUGCAAUUGGAGAGCCAAUUGUGAGAGGGCCUUGGUACAAUGCUUCACUUGCAGUUGCUCACAAGAGACACUCUGUUUCCUGCACAUUUCCUGUUUCUGGACCUCAGGGAACUGGAGUCCUCCAGUUAAAAGCUGUUCGAAAUGGAGAAGAUACAUGGCUUUCGUUCAUGAGGAAUCAUAGUGAUUGGGAAAUACUUGUGAUGGAAGCCCUAGUCCAUAUUCCCUCAAAUGAAGAGAAACAGCAAACUAUGAGGAUUAGUGUUUCAGACAACUUUCCUCUAGCUGCCGGGCCAGCUUGCACAGAUUGCACACGAUCGGCACCAUUGGAUGAAGUGAAAACUGGAUCUCCUUAAUGUACACAUUUUUGAUCCGGGUGAGAUUUUGAUUCUUUGAAAGCCAUUUUACUAGGAAUUGAAAUAUCCUUUUGAAAACAUUGAAUAAAUUUGUAGAAUGUAUUUGGAUUAAUAAGGAAACUUGGAGCUUGUUUGAUCUUUGGUUAUUUGAGGUUUAUUUUUUGGUUUUGUCCAAAAAAAACUUUGUUUUUGUCCUUUUGUAUUCUAAAUUUAAAUUUAAUAAAAAUAAAUUAUGAGUA